UCUCUCUCCUGCAGCAGUACAGUCAAACAAUGUCUUGAUGCAUUCAAAAUAUGUGGACCAAAAAUAUCAUACCUUUUUGUGUGUGGGGGAAAUACAGUUGGUAUGCUCCUUGGACGGCAAGUCUUUGCUAUAUAUGCAUAUGAGCUUAAUUAUUAACAACCCUUUGCCAGUUCUUCUCUUAGCACCAAAAUGAGUGCAUAGCUGCUCUCUGAAACUCUGCAACUCGCUGAAACAGAGAUAGGGACAUCAAAAAAACUUUAAUGUCGCUAAUUCAUAAAUAAAAUUACACAACAUCAAUACUUCUUCUUAGCCAACCUCCUCCUCUGCCAAAAACCCAUAUGUUCGGAAAAAAAAAAAAAAAAGCAACACAAUGUUUUCUCUCAACGAUCUGAAAGAUCAGAUGCCAACAACACCAUCGGCUCUGCUUUCAGCCUAUGCCUCCUUCACAGCAUUCAUGAUGCUGGUGCGCUCCAUGGCCAACGAGCACAUCCCGGCCCCUCUCCGCUCCUACAUCUACAAGGCCAUCAAUUACAUUUUUGCACCUUUCUUCUCCGUCGAGUUCACUCUGCUCAUCGACCAGUACUUCGGCAUGACGCGCAACCAAGUCUACGAUGCCGCCGAGGUCUAUCUUCGGACAAAGAUCGGUCCCUCCACUGUGCGCCUCCGCGUUGGCAAAACUCCCUGGAAGAAGACCAUCGGCGUCACCAUUGACGAAGACGAGGAAGUCGCCGACACCUUCGACAAUGUCAAGCUCAGGUGGCGUUUCUUGGUGGAGACCAAAAAGCUCGGCAAGAGCGACAUGACUUCUACGAAACGUUUCUUCGAGCUAACCUUCUGCAAGAAACACAAAGACAAGGUUUUGAAGGCUUACCUGCCCUUCGUGCUUGCUCAGGCCGAUGCCAUCAAAGCAGAGGAAAAUGUUGUCAAGCUCUACACUCGUCAUUACUGGUCUCGCAGUGAUGAGGACGACGACGGCUGCUCCGAGUGGGGCUCGGUGAACCUGGAGCACCCGUCCACGUUCGAGACAAUGGCGCUGGACACAGAGCUGAAGAGAACCAUUAUGGAGGAUUUGGAGAUGUUUGUGAGGAGGAGGGAGUUUUACAAGAAGGUGGGCAAGGCUUGGAAAAGAGGCUACUUGCUGUAUGGCCCACCUGGUACUGGAAAAUCCAGCCUAAUAGCAGCCAUGGCUAACUAUCUCAAGUUCAAUGUGUAUGAUUUGGAGCUUGCUAGUAUUUCUAGCGACGCUGUGUUGAAGAGGGUGUUGCUGUCCACCACAAAUCGUUCUAUUUUGGUAAUCGAGGAUAUUGAUUGCUGCAGAGUGGAUGUUCGAAACAGGGCAUCGGAUUCGGAUUCAGAUUCGGAUUCAGAUAACCAGGUGACACUAUCAGGCCUACUCAACUUCAUAGAUGGAUUGUGGUCAAGCUGUGGCGAUGAGAGAAUUAUUGUGUUCACCACAAACCACAAGGAUCGGCUUGAUACUGCAUUGCUGCGUCCUGGUCGAAUGGACGUCCACAUUCACCUGUCCUAUUGCACCACCAGUGGGUUCAGGAUCUUGGCCUCUAACUACCUUGGCAUUGGUGACAACAAUCGUCACUGCCGUUGUGGCGAAAUUGAAGGGUUGAUAGAGAGCACAGAGGUGACUCCUGCAGAGGUUGCCGAGGAGCUCAUGAAGAGUGAAGAUGCUGAUGUUGCUCUUCAAGGACUUGUCAAUUUGCUCAAGCGUAAGAAGGCCGAGAGCGAGAAAAAAAAAUUGCUUAUCAAGAACAAGAAGCCACGAGGCAGAAAAGGGAUAACAAAGUUGCUGGGAGAGACUCUUCCUGGUAAUCAAAAAAACUGCUGCCCUAAAGAAUCAAUACCAUCUCAAGUUUUCGAAACAAACACAAUGUUUUCUCUCAAAGAUCUGAAAGGUCAGAUGCCAACAACAGCAUCCACUCUGUUCUCAGCCUACGCCUCCUUCGCAACAUGCAUGAUGCUGCUCCGUUCCAUGGCCAAGGAACUCAUCCCUGAGCCUUUCCGCACCUACCUAUUCUCGGCCAUCAAUUACCUUCUUACGCCUUUCUUCUCCACCAAGUUCACUCUAAUCGUCGACGAGCACUCCAGCAUGAUACGAAACCAAGUUUACGACGCCGCCGACGUCUACCUCCGGACAAAGAUCGGCCCCUCCACUGAGCGCCUCCGUGUCAGCAAGACGCCCCGCAAGAAGGACAACUCCGUCGCCAUGACGAAAGACGAGGAGGUCGCCGACACCUUUGACAACGUCAAGCUCCGGUGGCGUUUCUUGUCAGAGAGCAAGAAGGUGGGCAAGAAUAACAAGAAUGUUGAGAAGCAAUUCUUUGAGCUCACCUUCAGCAAGAAGCACAAAGACAAGGUUUUGAACUCUUACUUGCCCUUUGUGCUUGCUCGAGCCGAAGCCAUCAAGGACGAGCAAAAGGUUGUCAAGCUUUACACCCGCCAUCUCUGGCCAAGCAGCAGCCACAACGACGAGGAGGAGGAAGGCAAUUCUUACUGGGGCUCGGUGAAUCUGGAGCACCCAUCUACAUUUGAGACAAUGGCCAUGGAGCCGGAGCUUAAGAGAGCCAUUGUAGAGGACAUGGACAGGUUUGUGAGGAGGAGGGAGUUUUAUAAGAAGGUGAGGAAGGCUUGGAAGAGAGGCUACUUGUUGUAUGGCCCUCCUGGUACUGGUAAAUCGAGCUUGAUUGCGGCCAUGGCUAACUAUCUCAAGUUUAAUGUGUAUGAUUUGGAGCUUGCAAGUAUUUACAGCGACUCUCAUUUGAGGAGGGUGCUGCUGUCCACCACAAAUCGUUCUAUUUUGGUAAUCGAGGAUAUUGAUUGCUGCAGAGUGGAUGCUGGAAACAGGGCAGCGGAUUCAAAAUCGAAAUCGAAAUCGGAUUCUGAAGACCGGGUGACACUACCAGGCUUCCUGAACUUCAUAGAUGGUUUGUGGUCAAGCUGUGGUGAUGAGAGAAUUAUUGUGUUCACCACAAACCACAGGGAUCGGCUUGACCCUGCAUUGCUGCGUCCUGGUCGAAUGGAUGUCCACAUUCACCUGUCCUACUGCACAGCAAGUGGGUUCAGGAUCUUGGCCUCUAACUACCUUGGCAUUGCCGUUGACAACCGUCACCGCCUCUGCGGAGAAAUUGAAGGAUUGAUAGCGAGCACAGAGGUGACCCCUGCAGAGGUUGCCGAGGAACUCAUGAAGAGUGAUGACACUGAUUUUGCUCUUCAAGGACUUGUCAAUUUGCUCAAGUGGAAGAAUGCCGCGGCAGAGAGAGAAAUUUGCCAAUCAAGAAGCCACGGCUCAGGAAACAAAGAAACUUGCCAAUCAAGAAGCCACGGCGCAGGAAACAAAGAUAAUUGCCAAUCAAGAAGCAACGGGGCAGGAAAUGGAUAACAAAGUUGCUGGGGUUCCAUCUACCCGAACUACACAUUCUGAUGCAUGAUGAUGGCCUCCCAUCUCCUAGUUUAUGCUUCAAAAUCAGAUAAAAACCCUCCUAGUUUAUGUUUUAAAAUUAGAUAAACCCCUCUUUUAGAUCAACUUAGCUUUCAAGCUCUCUCUUAUGAUAUCUUAUCUGAUGUAACCUACUUGCUGAA